AUGUUGAUUUAUCAACAUCGAACAGUUUUAACUGAUGCUUUACUUGUUGAAAAGGCAAAGGUACUUGCUAAUGGUUUAGAAAUUCUGCAAGAUGAACUAAAUUUUUCUUCUAGCUGGCUUUAUAAGUUCAAAAAUCGAAACGACAUUCAUCUACGUAAGCUUCAAGGAGAAGCUGCAUCUGCUAAUGUAGUGGCAAUUAAUAAUAUUAUGCCAUUAAUAAAAGAUAAGUGUGCAAAUUACCCUCCUAAAAGGAUCUACAACAUGGACAAAACUGGGCUUUUUUAUCAGUAUAAACCAUUAGUAGAAUAUAUUUUAAAUAAAAAUAAAACUUACCUAACACCAUAUGGCAUGUUACAAAAAGUCAAAAAUGAACAAUGUGCAAAAGAGUUAAAAAUGAAUGUGUUACAAGCAAUCCAUUUUAUCAUUCAAGGGUGGGAUGAAGUUAAAGCCAAUGCAAUUCAAAAUUGCUGGUAUCACACAAGAAUUAUCACUGCAGAUAACAACUCUGAUUUAAGUUCUUUAGAAGAUUUUAACCAAACUACAGAUCCUGUUCUCAAUGAAAUUUCCGAUGCACUUGAAGCCCUUAACUUUCCCGACUCUAUGAAUGUUGAAGAGUUUUUAGCAAUUUCUGAAGAAAAUGUUAUUUAUGAAGAAAAUGUUAUUUAUGAAGUUUCCCCUGAUGAUCAAGUUAUUACAGAGCUUGUUGAAACCUUUAGAAUGAAUGACCCAGCAGAUGCUGACUUGGAAGAUGCUGAUGAUAGUCUUGAAGUUCCUCUUGUUAGUGCCAACAUGGCAACCAUAAGUUUGGAAACCAUGCUUACAUUUUUGCUUCAGCAAGAUGAUGCAGAAACAUAUAUUAAUCUUGUGGAAAGAAUUGAAAAAUUUAUUAAAAAGAUGAAGAAAAUAGAAGACAAUAUACAAACUACACCUCAAACUAUAAAAAAUCAUCUAAAGAAGGUCUCUGCAAUUCAUAAUGAAGCUGAACAGCCAGUUGCUGUAGCCUCUAAUACUAAUAUGAAUCUAUCGACUAGAAAAAGAAAACUCCAAACUACAUUUAAUGAAACCAGAACUGUUAUUAGUAUGACCAACAAUAACAAAACUGUUAUUGUUGAAAUGCCUAAGGGAAAUACUGUUUGUUAUUCUGUAAAAAGA